GGCUCCAGGGCACUUCCUCUGGUUUAGGAAGGCAAGUCCCUGGAUAAGAAUGACAAGAUGAUCAUUCCAAAAGUAGUAUAAAUCCCAAUGAUUCUCCCUGGGACUUCCAGUAGAUGACUUCACCAAUCAAGACUCCUGGCAUUUUCAAGGUAUGGAUACUAAUAAUGACCCAGAUGAAGACCAUCUUACAAGCUAUGAUAUUCAACUCAGUAUUCAAGAAUCUAUUGAAGCUAACCAGGCUGUACUUCAUCCUGAGAGAUUUGUACCACUAAGUGAUCAAAACAGAAAGCUUGUAGAAGCCAUAAAACAAGGUCACAUUCUUGAGCUCCAAGAGUGUGUGAAAUAUAAAUACGCUCUGGAUGAAGCUGAUGAAACAGGAUGGUUUCCAUUGCAUGAAGCUGUUGUUCAACCCAUUCAACAAAUACUUGAGAUUGUUCUGGAUGCAUCCUAUAAGACACUCUGGGAAUUCAAGACCUAUGAUGGAGAAACACCCUUGACUUUGGCAGUUAAAGCUGGUCUGGUGGAAAAUGUAAGGACUUUACUAGAAAAGGGAGUGUGGCCCAACACCAAAAAUGAUAAAGGAGAGACACCUCUUCUGAUUGCUAUAAAAAGGGGCUCCUACGACAUAGUAUCUGUGCUGAUUAAACACAACACCAGCCUUGACCAACCGUGUGUCAAGCAAUGGUCAGCAAUGCAUGAAGCAGCUAAGCAAGGUCGAAACGAUAUCAUAGCUCUGUUACUCAACCAUGGAGGAAAUGUCCAUCUGAGAGAUGGAUUUGGAGUCACUCCACUAGGUGUUGCUGCUGAGUAUGGCCACUGUGAUGUAUUAGAACAUCUAAUUCACAAAGGUGGUGAUGUGUUUGCUUUGGCGGAUGAUGGGGCAUCACUCUUGUUUGAGGCUGCAGGAGGUGGUAACCCUGACUGCAUUUCCCUCCUACUGGAAUAUGGAGGAAGUGGAAAUGUGCCCAACAGAGCCGGGCAUCUUCCUAUACACCGAGCUGCCUAUGAGGGUCAUUAUCUUGCGCUGAAGUAUCUUAUCCCUGUAACCUCCAAACAUGCAAUCCAAAAAAGUGGGCUAACUCCAAUUCACUCAGCAGCUGAUGGACAAAAUGCACAGUGCCUGGAACUGCUCAUUGAAAAUGGUUUUGAUGUCAACACCCUACUUGCUGACCACAUUUCCCAGAGCUAUGACGAUGAGAGAAAGUCUGCAUUGUACUUUGCCGUUUCUAAUAAUGAUAUCCAUUGCACAGAAGUUCUUCUGGCUGCAGGUGCAGACCCAAACCUAGAUCCUCUCAACUGUCUACUUGUGGCAGUGAGGGCCAAUAAUCAUGAAAUUGUGCGACUGCUUCUCUCCCAUGGAGCAAAUGUCAACUGUUACUUUAUGCAUGUGAAUGACACCCGAUUCCCCAGUGCCAUUCAAUAUGCCCUAAAUGAUGAGGUCAUGCUGAGGCUGUUGCUGAAUAAUGGCUACCAAGUGGAGAUGUGCUUUGACUGCAUGCACGGGAACAUCUUUGGAAAUUCAUUUGUGUGGUCAGAGAUAGAGGAGGAAGUACUACCAGGAUGGACAUCUUGUAUAAUAAAAGACAACCCAUUCUGUGAGUUUAUUACAGUUCCUUGGAUGAGACACCUGGUAGGCAGCAUUGUUCGUGUGCUAAUAGAUUACGUGGAUUAUGUCCCUCUGUGUGCUAAACUGAAGUCUGCACUAGAAGUACAGAGAGAGUGGCCAGAAAUCCGCCAAAUACUAGAGAAUCCUUGCUCAUUAAAGCAUUUGUGUCGGUUAAAAAUUCGAAGACUUAUGGGCCUCCGUCGACUCAGCCAGCCGGCAUCCAUGCAGAAGCUUCCUCUACCAACAGCUAUUCAAAGAUACAUAUUAUUUAAAGAAUAUGAUCUCUAUGGACAAGGGUUAAAAUUGCCAUAGCAUAAAAUUAAUAUUUU